GAAAAACUAAAGCAAAUGCAAAAGUUCUUUGGGCUGAAGGUGACGGGGAAACCAGAUGCUGAAACCCUGAAUGUGAUGAAGCAGCCCAGAUGUGGGGUGCCUGACAUGGCUCAGUUUGUUCUCACUCAGGGGAGCCCGCGGUGGAAGGACACACACCUGACCUACAGGAUUGAAAACUACACACCAGAUCUGUCAAGAGCAGCUGUGGACCAUGCCAUUGAGAAAGCCUUUCAACUCUGGAGCAGUGUGUCACCCUUGACCUUCACCAAGGUCUCUGAGGGUCAAGCAGACAUAAUGAUAUCCUUUGUCAGGGGAGAUCAUCGUGACAAUUCUCCCUUUGAUGGACCGGGUGGAAACCUCGCUCAUGCUUUUCAACCAGGCCCACAUAUCGGAGGGGAUAUCCAUUUUGAUGAAGAUGAAAGGUGGACCAACAAUUUCAGAGAUUAUAACUUGUAUCGUGUGGCAGCUCAUGAAUUGGGCCAUUCCCUUGGACUUGCUCAUUCUACUGACAUUGGGGCUUUGAUGUACCCCAACUACAUCUUCAGUGGUGAUGUUCAGCUAUCUCAGGAUGACAUCAGUGGGAUCCAGGCCAUCUAUGGACCUUCCCAAAAUCCCACUCAGCCAAUUGGCCCGCAAACCCCACAAGUGUGUGAUAGUAAGCUAACUUUUGAUGCUAUAACUACAAUCCGGGGAGAAGUGAUGUUCUUUAAAGACAGGUUCUACAUGCGCACAAAUCCCUUCUACCCAGAAGCUGAGCUCAAUUUCAUUUCUGUUUUCUGGCCCCAUCUGCCAAAUGGACUUCAGGCUGCUUAUGAGGUUGCCAAUAGAGAUGAAGUUCGGUUUUUCAAAGGUAAUAAGUACUGGGCUGUCAAGGGGCAAGAUGUGUUAUACGGAUACCCCAAGUACAUCUACAGAUCCUUUGGUUUCCCUAGGACUGUGAAGAACAUCGACGCUGCUGUUUCUGAUGAAGAUACUGGGAAAACGUACUUCUUUGUUGCUAACAAAUGCUGGAGGUAUGAUGAAUAUAAACAAUCCAUGGAUGCAGGUUAUCCCAAAAUGAUAGCAGAAGAUUUUCCUGGAAUUGGCAGCAAAGUUGAUGCUGUUUUCCAGAAAGACGGAUUUUUCUAUUUCUUCCAUGGAACAAGGCAAUACAAAUUUGAUACCAAAACUAAGAGAAUUUUGACUCUCCAAAAAGCUAAUAGCUGGUUCAACUGCAGAAAAAAUUGA